UCACUGUAGUGUAAAGGGUGCUGUGUAUCGUAUCAGGAGGGGAGGGGGGGCUGAAUUGCCCAAAAAAAAAAAAAUCUCCCAAUUGAGGUGCACAUCCGGAGUCUCAUCGCACCCUUUACCUUUUUUUAAGAAGUCUAUUUUUUAUUCUUUGUUUUUUUUUAUUGUUGUUGUUAUUGUUAAUUUAUUCUUUUUUUUUCCCCUCGUUGGUUUAUGGUUUACACUCCGGGAGGGCAGAAAUGGCGGCCAACAUGUACCGGGUCGGAGAUUAUGUAUUCUUUGAGAACUCCUCCAGUAACCCAUAUCUGAUCCGCCGGAUAGAAGAACUUAACAAGACGGCCAGUGGGAAUGUGGAGGCCAAGGUGGUUUGUUUCUACAGAAGGAGAGACAUCUCCCACAGCCUCAUCCAGCUUGCAGACAAACAUGCAAAGGAGUUGGAAGAGGAGAAGGAGAACCCAACAGAGACAGAUCUAUCAGAAAAACAGAAACACCAGCUUCGUCACAGAGAGCUCUUCCUCUCCCGGCAGUAUGAGAGUCUACCUGCAACACACAUCAGGGGGAAGUGCAGUGUCGCAUUACUGAAUGAGACUGAAGCCGUUCUUUCAUACCUUGACAAAGAGGAUACCUUCUUCUAUUCACUGGUGUAUGACCCAACGCAGAAGACCUUGCUGGCCGACAAAGGAGAGAUCAGAGUGGGACCUCGCUUUCAGGCAGACGUACCUGAAAUGCUACAAGAGGGUGAGGCAGAUGACAGGGACCAGUCAAAGCUAGAAGAAAAGCUCUGGGAUCCGGAGUGUCCACUUACCAACAAACAGAUAGACCAAUUCCUAGUGGUAGCACGAGCGGUUGGAACCUUUGCUAGAGCAUUGGACUGCAGCAGCUCAGUCAGACAACCAAGCUUACACAUGAGUGCAGCUGCAGCCUCACGAGAUAUCACAUUGUUCCACGCAAUGGACACACUGCAUCGCCAUAAUUAUGACCUGUCCAGUGCAUUGAGUGUGCUGGUCCCAGCGGGCGGCCCUGUGCUCUGCAGGGAUGAGAUGGAGGAGUGGAGCGCCUCGGAAGCCGCCAUGUUUGAAGAGGCACUAGAGAAAUACGGAAAAGACUUCAACGACAUUCGACAAGACUUUCUGCCAUGGAAGUCUCUGACCAGUAUCAUAGAGUACUACUACAUGUGGAAGACCACAGACAGAUAUGUGCAACAGAAGAGACUGAAGGCAGCAGAAGCAGAGAGCAAACUGAAGCAGGUUUAUAUCCCCACGUAUAACAAACCCAACCCCAACCAGAUCUCAGUGACCAAUGGCAAGAUGGCCACAGUGAAUGGAGCGGGCCCCGGGGCCUACCAUGCAUCAGGCGGGGGCCGAGCCUGCGAGAGCUGCUAUACCAUGCAGUCGGCCCAGUGGUACUCUUGGGGGCCUCCGAACAUGCAGUGUCGUCUGUGCGUUUCCUGCUGGAUGUACUGGAAGAAGUACGGCGGCCUGAAGAUGCCGAGCAGAGCGGAAGGCCCAGAGGAGAGGACCUCACCAGUUCCUGCAAGCAAUGAGUCUCGCUCACGAGGUCACGCUCCACGCCAGUCCAACCACAUGGUGCCGAUGCGAAACAGCGGCAGCCCCAAGUCCUCCAUGAAGACCAAGCAGGCCUUCCUGCUGCAGGCCACCCGCCUCACCAAGCUGGCCCGGCACAUGUGCCGUGACAUCAUCAGGCUGCGCCGUGCUGCGCGCCGGCCCUUUGUCCCCAUUAACUGUGGGGCCAUAAAGGCAGAGUACAUGUUAAGGGUGUCAGAAGGACAGGGGACCCGCCUGCCCAAAACCAGGGCCGCCCAAAGGAGCACUCUGACCAGUGUCGUGCAGUUUCUAGAGUCCCGUCCUGCAGCCCAUGCCCCACGCUCCCACCGCACCCCAGGCCUGCAGACGCCCCCCCCUCGACGCCUGCUCUCCUCUCUCCCGCACGGUCCCCAUGGCAUGCUGGGAAAACGCAGCUACCACCACCACAGCAGGGCUGAGCCGGACAGGCGCUCAGAGAACCCAGGUACAACAGGUGGACCCCCCCUGCACAACGGCCGCACCAGCAGCAGUGGCAACACCCGAGGAGGAAUGAUGAUCCGCAAGAGGCGCCCCAACUGGAUCGAUGCCCCCGAUGACAGCUUCUUCCUCGUCACCCGGGAGACCAGGAGGGCCAGGCGGCUGCUGUCCCGCUCCCAGCUGAGGCACGCCUGCCGACAGCCAUGCGAGCAGAUCACCCUGCGCAGGGCUUCCCAGGGUCCCCCGCAGGGGCUCGUCCUGGCGCCACCACACCCUCACCCCAGCCUGAGAAUGCGAGGCCCCAUCGUCAUCCACGACUGAGCAGACCAGCAACACACUAAACUCCUUGCCCCACCUGCGUACACUCCGACAAACUCUCACCUCAUACUCUUCUCGUUUAAACCUCCUCUUUUGCUUUUAGUCCUUUAUAAUCCUCGACAACACCGGAAGCUGGUGAGCCGUGAUGCAAUGGAGAUGUACGCCUGACUUGAAUGCAAGUGCUGCCUGUCUUUUAAUCCCCCUGGAAAUGUGAGACAGAGAGGUAGCGUGUUAAUGUGUGAGUGAGUGUGUGAGGAAAUGAGGGGGAUGCUGUUCUGAGUUUUUCUGGAUGGACGUAACGACAGAGCUUCGUGUGACCUUUGUGUUGAUGGGUAAUUGUCGUGAAGUUUUAUCAGUUUGUAGAAAAGUUAUUUUGGGGCUGGGGACAUGGGGAUUAGGGUAAUGACCGGGGUGGGUCAUGGGUAGGGGGUUGGUUUUCAUUAAUGGGGACUGGGGUUCUUUUAACAUUGGAGGCAAAUGUCUGAUGCUGACAUUAAAAAAAAAAGAAAAUGCACUGCACUGUGAGUCAAACAGCAGCCUUUUAAAGAAAUGGCUGCUUAAAAUUUGUACCUGCAGUUUUUCCCGCGCUCAUCCUGACAUGUAAAUCAAAACGCUGGAGCCACUGUUGCAGGACCACGGACAUUACUUAACAAGUAUAUCAGUUAUUCAUGAGCAAUCUUGCAGGUUUGGAAACAUAACAGGGCAAAGAAAUAGCGCGUAGAGCUAGCGAACCUCCCUCUGUAUAAUAUGUUGUAUAUCUCAUGACGACACUGUAAAUCUUCUCAUUCUAUUUCUAUGGGCGACUGUAACUUACUAGCCCGAACUUGGGUACUGAAGCACUUCCUUUGCAGCAGAUCAAAAGGGCAUGGAUCCGUCAUAUUCCACAUGAGGCUGUGACGCACUGGCAAUAUUUUUGAGGCGGACAUAAGCAACUUUGCCAGCCGGUGUUUGCUAUCUGCUGACGACGCCUAUUUUCUUCAUUGUUCUUUUACGCAAGUUUUUCCUGUUCCCAGACCUCUUUAUCCCUCCCUUCUCUCUUGCUUCGUUGACAAAGUUGCCUCUCAAGAAAGUUGCCGGUUCACGGGAGUGUUCAGUUAUGAAACCGGCUUCGCCGCUGCAUGUCUUUAAGGUGAGAGCCUCUGUUGGCCACCGGGUCACGUGAUUUCUUCUCUUUCAUUCAGAAUGUUUAUGUUCGUGUUUCCUGUAUGUCUUGUGUUGAAUUAUGAAUAUGCUGA